AUGUCGUCGCCACCGCCCGCGUCUACCUCGCCGGCCGGCCAGCUGGCCGCUUCCACGACCGCCACCACCUCCGUCGCCGCCGUCACGUCGCCGUCCGCCCCGCCACCGACUCCCGUCGCCUACACUCCCGAGCAGAUGAGCGGGGUCAUCAACGACCUCGUCACCGCCGUCCAGGGGAUCCGGCUGUACCCGAUCGGCUCCCGAGGGGCCGGCCGCGCCGCUGCAGCCGCCCGCCGCCACCACCGCGGCGCCCGCACCCUGGCUGCCCGCUCUCCCCGGCGUGACGAUGCUGCCACCCCCGCCCCCGGCCCUGCCCUGGCCAGCGUGGCCACCUCCGCGAGCGGCGUUCCUAUCCAGCAGGUUCGCUUUCCCCCGUCGCCAUCACCGCUGCCGGCGUGGAUCACCGCGUCAUCGUCACCCUCGCCGGUCUACUCCGUGGCCGGGGACCCGCCUAUGCCCACACUUCCGGAUGCCGCCGCCGCAGGGUACGCGGAACCUUCCGCCGGCCGCGUAGCGCCAUACGUCCCGGGCGUCGCUGCACCGACACCGCCCCGCUUCGCCAAGCUCGACUUCGCCACCUUCGACGGCUCGGAGGACCCACUCAAUUGGCUCAACCAGUGCGAGCAGUUCUUCCAGGGACAGCGCACCCUCGCGUCCGACCGCACUUGGCUGGCCUCUUACCACCUCCGGGGCGCCGCACAGACGUGGUACUACUCCCUCGAGCAGGACGAGGGCGGCAUGCCCCCAUGGGACCGCUUCAGGGAGCUCUGUCUCCUCCGCUUUGGGUCGCCAAUUCGCGGCAGCCGAUUGGCGGAGCUUGGGCGACUGCCCUUCAUGACCACGGUCUAG